AUGGCUUGCCACUUGGGAAUCUGUUGGUUUGCUCAGCUGUUGUCUGUUCUUCCUUGGAAUAAAUAAAUCUAGCAUGUGUUUGCCACUCAGCAAGUGCAAACAUCUACCAGGCUGACUCUGAGUCACUGAUGAUUUACUUCUGUCUUCCACAGGUGAACAACAACGGCCUCGUGUCCUUCCUCAGGGAGGUGUCCCAGUUCACCCCGGUGGCGUUCCCCAUCGCCGGGGACCGCCGGGUAGUGGCGCCCUUCUGGGCCGAUGUGGACAACCGGCGUGCGGGACGCGUCUUCUACCGACAAAGUCGCGAGCCGGACAUCCUCCGCCGGGCGGCCGGAGACGUCAAGAUGUACUUCUCAGACUUCCCCGACUUUAACGCCACCUGGGUGCUCGUGUCCACCUGGCACCAAGUCACCUUCUAUGGUGGCGGCUCUACCACGCCAGUGAACACGUUCCAAGUGGUGCUUAUUACGGACGGCGAGCUCUCGUUCACCAUCUUCCAGUACAAUAACGUCACCUGGACUACCGGCAGGCACGCCAGCAGCGGGGGGGACGCAAACGGCCUGGGAGGCAUUGCAGCGCAGGCAGGCUUUAACGCCGGCGACGGCAAACGAUACUUCAACAUUCCUGGCUCGCGCACCCAAGAUGUAUCCAAUCUGGAGGCCACCACCAACGUAGGCUUCCCGGGACGCUGGGUCUUCCGCAUCGACCACGCUAACGUGGAGGUGGGCGGCUGCAACAAUUCAGCGUCGGUGUGCCCGCACCUGAGACCGUGUCUUAACGGAGGCCGCUGCAUCGACGACUGUAUCACCGGAAAUCCCUCGUUCACCUGCUCCUGCUUGUCAGGCUUCACUGGACGACGUUGCCACAUCAAUGUGGAUGAGUGCGCUUCGUUCCCCUGCCAGAACGGAGGAACGUGUCAAGACCACAUCAACAGUUUCAGGUGUCAGUGUCCGCCUGGAUACACCGGGUCUCUGUGUGAAACAGAUGUGGAUGAGUGCAGGGACGGGCCGUGCCUCAACGGCGCGCUGUGCGUGCAGACCGCCGACAAUUUCACCUGCGUGUGCCCGCCAGGGUACACUGGCGAGCUGUGCCAAACAGACAUCGACAAGUGCGACUCGCAGCCCUGCUUGAACGGCGGCCAGUGCGUCAAUCAUGGCAGCAACUUCAGCUGCCUUUGUCCCGCUCCGUUCACAGGAGUCGUCUGCGAGUCAGAGCUGAUGGAGCUUCAGCUCAAUUCGACCGAGUCCAAAAACCAAACAGGCCCGUGCCAACACAGUAACUGCGACAAAAACAGAAUCUGCCAACAGGACGGCGGCACCGGAGUGCGGCGGUGCUCAUGUGCGCCGGGUUACUACGGCGACACGUGCCAAGAGGAAUGUCUGUGCCAGAAUGGCGGCGUCUGCGUGGACAGCAACGGGACGUGCCAAUGUCCCGCCUCCUACACGGGACUCUACUGCCAGUUUGAGGUGACGCAGACGCCGUGCAGCCACAGUCGUCCGUGUCCCGACGGGGGUCCGUGUUUGGAGUACGGGGGCACAUACCUGUGCACGUGUCAGACCAGCGCCGCAGAACUGGACCAGCGGGACUUUUACCCUUAUGUACAGCCCCGAUCGGUCUGCGACUCCACCCCGUGUCUCAACGGCGGCUACUGCUACGAGCGCGACGGAGGAUACACGUGCCAAUGCGCCCACGGACACUGGGGCAAGCACUGCGAGAAAGUGCGACUCAACACGUGCGCAUCCGGUCCGUGUCGCAACGGAGGCUCGUGCAAGGAGGAAGCGGGCAACUACAAAUGUGUGUGUCCUUACAGGUUCACCGGGAAACACUGUGAAGUGGGGAAGCCUGAUCCGUGUGCAUCCAGUCCGUGUGUGAACGGAGGAACGUGCUUCCACUACAUCGGGAAGUACAAGUGUGAGUGUACCGACUCGUUCACUGGAAGACACUGUGAGGUCAACACUGCCACCACGUAUCAUCACGCAGAGGUGGGCUGCGGGCCGCCCCCGCAGGUGAAGCACGCCGAGGUUCAGUUCUCGUCCACCUUGCCGAGAUCGGUCGCCGUUUACCUGUGCCAGGCGGGAUACGUGGCAGUGCCCAGAGCCACGCAGAGCGUCUGCGGCGUGCAGGGCGACUGGAGCCAGCCCCCCGUUUGCGAAGAACUCAACGAGUGCUCGUCUGAGCCAUGCCUCAACGGCGGGAAGUGCCACAACCACGGGGGGUCUUACCUGUGCGACUGUCAACAAGGCUUCAGUGGAAAACAGUGUCAGACAGACGUUAACGAGUGCUUGUUGGAGCCCUGCAAGAACGGAGGAACCUGCGAGAACGGGCCGGGAUCGUACUUGUGUCGCUGCCCGCCGGGCCUCAAAGGCCGCCACUGCCAAACAGGACAGCUGCGAGUCCAACCCGUGUAUGAACGGCGGCGUGUGUCGCAGCUCCAAAAAGACGUACGUGUGCACGUGCAAAGAUGGCUUCUUCGGCGACCAGUGCCAGAUGUCCUUGUGGCAAGUGUUUGCAUGUGUCGCCCCCCAGUGGAGGACCCCUGUGUACUGCAUCCGUGCAGGAGCAGGGGCGAGUGCAGGAGCGACAGGAGAGGAAACUACAACUGUGUGUGCAAAGCCGGACACACCGGGAAAGACUGUGAGAAAGAUCUGCUGCCCCCCUCCGGCCUGCACGUGCAGCGAGUGGAGGAGAGCGAGAUGGAGCUGCGCUGGGACCAGCCGGAGGCGUCGACGGCGGCCUGGCUGAGCGGCUUCGUGGUGACGUACGCGCCGCACGGCCGCGGAGGCGCCCGCAAAGUAGACUUCCUGGACCGGCAGAGGCGGCGGCACGUCCUGCGAGGCCUGGUGCCCGGCCUGCUCUACAACAUCUCCACCUACUCCUUCAAGCGCAACGCCAACAGCGACCACAUUAGCAUGCCAGCCACCGCCCUCAUACGCACCAGGCCUCGGCCUGUGGAGCAUCUCCAGGUGUUGAACGUUUCGUCGUCUGAGGUGUGGCUGAGCUGGAGCCUCAACCUCAAGACGGCUCGCCACGCGCCAGUCAGCGGGGUACGAGUCACGCUGACGCCCGAAGAUGGCGGAGAAGCGCGCACGGCCCUGCUCAACGCCAGCACCAGCGAGCACGCCUUCAGUUCUCUACUUCCUGCACACAUGUAUACAGUGGACGUGCUGACCCAAAGUGGACUCAAACCCGAUGAGUUUCCUUCCACGAGCCACUCUGCAGGACCCUUGCAAUUUUGGACUCGGCCCCUCCCACCGCAGAACCUCUCGCUGGCCCACGUCAGCGCCAACGCGGCCGCCAUCACCUGGACCCACCACCCGGGGCUCGUACCCAACGGCUUCGUAGUGAACGUGACGCGAGGGCUGACCACCAGGAGCCGCUUUCUGCCCAGCGGUCUGCUGGGCUCGUACACCCUGCGAGAGCUGACGCCGGCUCAGCUCUACCGCCUCGCCCUCACUUCCGUCAAGAAAGUGGGACAGGAGCAGAUCCACAGCCAGCCUCAAUAUCUGGACUUCACCACCUUGCCGAUGGAGGCCAGGUCCGGAAGAAGAGAACGACCAACCAAGGCAGGACGAAGGCCGUCUCAGCCUCAGGAUCUGGGCGUCGACGCGGAACAGAGGUACACUGAACUGAUUGACAGGAGGGGAAAGAUCACGGCCAAGUUCACAAACUUGCCAAGAAAAGUCAUUCGGCAUCGGCCCAAACCCCAGCCGCCGGUUCCAUUGGAGAGGAUGGAGGAGACCACAAACAAAAUCAGCCUGGCGCUGGAGAUUCAAGAGGAGACCGCGUCCAAGGCAAAGCCUGAGUCGUCCCAGGACUGUCUGAGUGUGCCCUGCCUGAACGGCGGCACUUGCACGAACGGCGGCGGCGACUCGCACGUCUGCGACUGCGCCACCGGCUUCAAAGGCGCGCAGUGUGAACUGUCGUGCCAGCGAGUGCCUCACCCGUGCACCCGCCUCUACUCGGAGACAAAGAGCGUGCCCGUGUGGGAGGGCGACGUCUGCCAUUACGUGUACAAAAGAAUCUAUAAAGUGCAGCAAGAUGUUUGCUACCGAGAAGUCUGCGACUCGACGCUUCCGAGGAAAAGUCAAGUAACAGUCAGAAGAACACGCAGACAACAGUGAAGAGCACUUGGAGGCCGGCACGGGGGAAACAUCCACGUUGGUGUUUAUGAUGUACUUGAAGUAGCAUGGUUAUAAGAUAAGAUAAGAUAAGACGAGGUCGCGCUGGCGUUGUUGUUGCCGCGCAAUCCCGUCAGGACACACUGGAACGUUUCAAGCUCCACGACGUUCGACAAUCUCAUCGCGAGUCGCAGGAAUUCAUCUCUCCCUCUCUCUGAUGAUGGCGCAGUGUUUUCUUUGUAAAAUAUCUUUGUUUUAUUUUUUAUUAUUAUUAUUGUUAUGUAUUAGCAGGCAUCGCUGCUCGUUAUGCUGUAAAUAGUGUCCAUAGGCCGUUUUUGUAGGUGAAUAUUUUAUUAAUAAAAAUGUUAAAAUGU